AUGCCGGACGCGCUGCCGGGGCCAGAACUGCUGCAGCUCGUGCUCGACGUGCAACAUCCGUCGCAGCGCUCUGUUGGCCGCCACAGCGACGGUGCCCAUGAGCCCAUUGACGAUGUGGUGCAGCAGCUGCAGCGGCUGCAGGAGAAGGAGGAGGCGGAGGAGGAGAAGAGUCGCCUUCCGGACGCGGAGGAGGUGUACGGGAAGGGGCUGCCCUACGUGCUGAACCCGGCGAACUGUCGUGUCAUGUACAUAGUCCACGAGGACCACGAUGGUCAUGACGACGACGACAUCGAAGAAGAAAUGGCGCGAUUACGAAGAGCGGAGAGUAGCAUGACGCCACUGCAGUGGAUUUUAUCCCCACUGUUUAAACGGAAGGGCGGUGUGAGUUUCGAAAACCCUGGUUGA